AUGAUUUCCUUCUCAUUGAUCUCUACGGCGCGCCGGCUAGUCGCAUCGCCAGCGCGCGGCUUCUCUACUUCUUCAAUCUUCCAGUUCCCAAAAUUGAAGACGCAUUCGGGGACGAAGAAACGAUGGAGGUCGAUGCCCUCUGGCAUCUUUAAACGCGCGCAUGCCGGUCAUUCGCAUCUGAACGUGUCAAAACGGCCGGGAAGAAAGAACCAGCUGGCACAGGCCGCAUAUUCAAGCACGUCACAAACGUCCAAGUUGAAAAAGUUGAUGCCAUAUGCUUGA